AUGGAGGACAAUGCGUGCUGCAGCAAUCGAGAACAACUGGGACUUCAGUUCACUAUUGACUAUCUUUUGUACAACAAAGGACGCAACGAUGAGAGGGCAGAACCUGAGGACAAUGGCCCUACAUCUGAAGGUCUUCAAAGCACCGUCAAAGAAAGUCUCUCAGAACAGAACAGCGAAAAAUCAGAAGACCAGGAAAAUGAAGAAAACGGCUGUGAAGGGGAACACGAGAAGACAAGUCUGAAGGGUGAAGGAACGGACGAGAAGCCAGCGCAGUCCUACAUUGCCCUCAUUUCCAUGGCCAUCUUGGAUUCAGAUGACAAGAAGCUCCUACUAUGUGAUAUUUACCAAUGGAUCAUGGAGCACUAUCCUUACUUCAAGAGCAAGGACAAGAACUGGAGAAACAGCGUCAGGCACAAUCUCUCUUUGAACGAGUGCUUCAUCAAAGCCGGUCGCAGCGACAAUGGCAAGGGCCAUUUCUGGGCUAUUCAUCCGGCCAACUUUCAAGACUUCUCUAACGGAGACUACCACCGGCGGCGCGCCCGGAGAAGGAUUCGCAGAGUAACAGGGCAGCUGCCCUUCGCGUUACCCGCGCAUUACCAAAACCUCGGCCCCCUGAAACGGACACCAUGUUGGUGUUGUCCACCAACGCAUCCAUUGAUUUGCUUCUCGCCCAGAGUGUACUGGAACUGGGCUGCACUUCAGACACAUCGCAGGCCAUCUCUUCAUGGACUGAUAUAA